AAAAUGACCCUUAACAAUGUUACCAUGCGUCGCACCCACAACAGCAGCCUGCAGCAGCAGCAGCAGCGCUGGAGCAUCCCUGCUGAUGGAAAGAAUCUGCUGGUCCAGAAAGACUCCAAUGAGUACAACCCGCAGAAGCGAUACACCAUCAGUCCUGAUGAAUACUACAGAAGGAGCUGGUCCUCGGAGUCGUCCGACUCCGUCAUCUCCUCUGAGUCCGGCAGCAAUUGCUACCGGGUGGUGCUGAUCGGGGAGCAUGGCGUGGGCAAGUCCUCACUAGCCAACAUCUUUGCGGGUGUGCAUGACAGCAUCGACAGCGACUGUGAGGUGCUGGGAGAAGAUACAUAUGAAAGAACCCUGGUGGUGGAUGGGGAAAGUGCAACCAUUAUACUGCUCGACAUGUGGGAUAAUAAGCGUGAAGGAGAAUGGAUUCGAGACCACUGCAUGCAAGUGGGAGACGCAUACUUGAUUGUCUACUCCAUCACAGACCGCGUGAGCUUUGAGAAGGCCUCCGAACUCAGAAUACAGCUCCGCAGGGCACGCCAGAAAGAAGACAUCCCCAUUAUUCUGGUUGGCAAUAAAAGUGACCUUGUCAGGUGCCGCGAAGUUUCAGUGGCAGAGGGACGAGCCUGCGCCGUUGUGUUUGACUGCAAGUUCAUUGAGACCUCAGCAGCCGUGCAGCACAACGUGAAAGAGCUCUUUGAAGGCAUCGUGCGGCAAGUCCGGCUCCGGAGGGACAGCAAAGAAAAGAACGAGAAGCGGCUGGCAUACCAGAAACGGAGAGAGAGCAUCCCCAAGAAAGCCAGGCGGUUUUGGGGCAAAAUAGUUGCCAAGAACAACAAGAACAUGGCCUUCAAACUCAAGUCCAAGUCUUGCCAUGACCUAUCAGUACUUUAAGAACGCUGGACUCUGCCAGAGCUUGUGGCAUUUUGUGGACAUUAUCUAACUAUGACGUGGGACAAUCAAUCAAUCUAUAUUAGAUUGGGCUAUCAAAGUGACUUAGGUUCACAGUUGUGAUUGUGAUGAUACGUGCUGGCAUAAGAACAGCACGGUGCAUGGAAAUAUCUUUCUUUCUUUCUUUUUUUGUUGGUAGUUUAAAAAAAAAAAAAAGUAUAGACCAGAAUGACCCAAAGUUAUGCUGGGAAGUGUUCUGGACUGUACCUGUUGUUUCUCCUCUCACCUCCAGAUAAUAGAGUAAGAACCUCGAACUGUCAUGACUUGGGAAGUGAAUACUAAAUUCUUUACUCUUUCUUCUUGUUAUUAUGAUUUGUUUUUAAAAACUGUGGAAAGAAUUGAUGAACUGACUGGGGAUUUGUCCUUUGCCAGUUGGCUGGUCAGGCUUGAGCACCCACAGCUGAAAAAUCUGCAUUUUUGUAGGAUAGUCACCAAGACACUUUUUUUUUUAAUUUCAAGGAUUGGUUUUAAUGAGUUUACACAUCUCUCACCUCGAAAAUAUUUAAAGGAAAA